AUCAUACAAAUACCAUUAAUGCUUCCAAUAUAAAGAGACACAGUUCUACAUUCAUCACUCGGGAGACACUGCAGGCAGUCACGUUUGUACACUCAACUAUUGAAUUCUCCUGUUACAAUGAUGUGGCGACUUGUCAUUUUGGCAUCAUGCGCAGUGGCUGGAAUUUCAGCUGGCUGCCCCGAAGGCUACAGAGAGGAUGUGGCCCCGAGGUGCUUCAGGGCCAGACAAAACACCUUUGGAGACUAUGUCUUUUAUGUCCCCUGUCCAAGUGGAUUCACAAGGGCCCAGAAUCCGAGUAUGUGCUUCAAAGUAAGUGCUGCUGAGACGACCUAUGUUGAAGCCAUGAGAGAGUGCGCCAAAACCCAGAACGGCCGCCUUAUGGAUCUGGACUCUCCUGACAAGUAUGGCUUUAUGUCUGGAGUCUUGACUGCUUCGUCCAAGAGUGUGGGCUCCAGCAAAUAUAAAGACUACAGAUUGUGGAUUGGUUUGAAGCGGGUAACUACCACUGGGUUCAAAUGGAACUCUGGAUCCAGGUUUGUCACUAACUGGGCGAAGGAUCAGCCAAUGUCCUCAACCCGGUACAACUGUGGCUAUCUGGAUUAUAUGGGGAUUGCUGUCCAAAAAUGCGAGCGCCGAAUGCGAUACAUCUGCGAGGUUCCCCUGUAGCCGCAUCCCCUCAGUGCCUACAUUCCGAUGAAGAUGCAACACGACUCACAGCUGCAGUUGUAACAUACUUGUACUGGCAACUCGCUGUUUCUAGUUGUGGAAAUUAAACUGAAAUAUAUCAAACUGUU